AACCUUAUAAUGCUUGUCAAAUAAGAUAUUUCAGUUAGUUUGAAGCUUCCAUGGAGAGGCGGAAUGUGAAAUUCUGUGAAUAGAGAGAAACAAACAUGGUAACAGUUAUAAUAAGCCGAGAGUGAAAACGAUGGUGGAAGAGUUGUUCUUCUGGAGUGGAAGCAACCACCCAAACCCACUUCAACAACUUCAACAUAACUCUAAUCUACUUCUUCUCUCUGGUCCUCCUUCUUCUGGAAAGACUUCACUUCUUUUCCAAUUUGCAUUCAAUGUAGCAGCAGCACUUCACUCCAACCCAAAUGUUGUCUUCAUCUGUAACCGAAACAGAUUGGAUUCCAAACCCCCUUUUCUUUCUCAGGGUAUUGACCCAUCUUCUAAUGUCUUCCAACGUAUACAAAUCAAUAGAUAUGUGAAUGAUGAUGAGGACAUUAGGAAAUACUUUGCUGCCUUCCAUCUGUUUGAUAAAUUGCCUGAUGCAGUUGUUAUUGAUGAUUUUGGAGAUUUCUUUGACAACAAGGUAUGUCAACAACGAUAUUCUAAUGCCCGCGGGCGAGACUUGGCCAUGAUCAAGAGUCUAGCCUUGUGCCAUAAUGCUAUUAACUAUGCAAAUCAAAAAGGGCCUUGCAAGCUUCUUUUGUCGGAUACUCAUACUCACCAGGGAGACUCCCCAAGGUUUCACUUCAUCUAUAAGAAAUGGAUACACACCACUUUCACAAUUAAAGAAGGGGAUAUAUCUGGAUCAUUUAUUUUGAAAGGUAGGAGCUAUUCACGAACUGAUACCACAGGUUUUGAUUCAAAGUUCUAGUUGAUAUGACACCAAGCAAAUAAAAGGUGGCAAUUCUAGUGCUUAAGCCGUAGUAAACUAGUAAUCGGAUUAGCGCUUAUGAUUAAGUGUAUGUUUGGUUUUGCAUUAGAAAGCCCCAUACUUUUUUAUUUAGCCCCCAAAGUUUGGAGAUCUCCCAGUUGAUUCAAAAUUUGAUAACCAGCACAAAACCCAAUAUUUGGUUGCGACAUGAGUUAACUAUGAAGAUUAGAACAGCAUGAACAAGUGUUUAUGCUGCUGGUCUUUACUAUUACAUUGUUAACUUAGGAAGAGUAGAGUUAUUGAUGACAAUGCUUGUAAUUGCCUUGUUGCUGGUGUUUACUGGAACAUGGUUAUACUUUUGGAGAGAUGUAAUUUUUUCAAAUAUAUAACAAAGGAUAUGUAAAUAACCUU